UUGUAAUCUACUGUAUUUCGUUUUUAUUUUUGGUGGCUGAGAAUCAACGCAUCAAGAAAUCAGAGAACCACGUGGCAGAAAGAAGGACUCUCAAAAUCAGAAACCAAAUCCAGUAAACCAAUGAGAUGAUGCUGACGUGUACUCAACCUAAUCCAUCCAUCUUAUUAAAUUCCUUAUAUAACCCUCCAUUACUCUCCACCACCAACACCAACACACAUCAACUACAAACUACCAUUUUUACAAACCCCUCAAAGAAAUGGCAACCACCGCAAUCCAACAGUCAGCAUUCGCCGGCCAGGCAACAUUGAAGCCACAAAGCGAACUUGUCAAGAAGACCGGCAGCUUCAAUGGUGGCCGCUUCACCAUGCGCCGCACAGUCAAAAGUGCACCACAAAGCAUUUGGUAUGGACCGGAUCGUCCAAAGUACUUGGGUCCAUUUUCCGAGCAAACCCCAUCAUACUUGACCGGUGAAUUCCCCGGUGACUACGGGUGGGAUACCGCCGGACUCUCAGCCGACCCGGAGACAUUCGCCAAGAACCGUGAGCUGGAAGUGAUCCACUCUCGGUGGGCCAUGCUGGGUGCACUCGGGUGCGUCUUCCCGGAGCUUCUCUCCAAAAACGGUGUCACAUUCGGUGAAGCAGUCUGGUUCAAGGCGGGUUCCCAGAUUUUCUCAGAAGGUGGUCUUGACUACCUUGGAAACCCUAAUUUGAUCCAUGCCCAAAGCAUUCUUGCUAUCUGGGCAUCUCAGGUUGUCCUCAUGGGGCUCAUUGAAGGAUACCGGGUUGGUGGGGGCCCGCUUGGCGAAGGGCUUGAUAAGAUUUAUCCGGGUGGGUCUUUUGACCCGCUUGGAUUGGCUGAUGACCCGGAAGCUUUUGCUGAAUUGAAGGUUAAAGAGCUUAAAAACGGAAGAUUGGCGAUGUUUUCUAUGUUUGGAUUCUUUGUUCAGGCUAUUGUUACAGGGAAGGGUCCGAUUGAGAAUUUGUUUGACCAUCUUGCUGACCCGGUUGCUAACAAUGCUUGGGCUUAUGCUACCAACUUUGUGCCCGGAAAAUGAGUGUAAUAUGUGUAGAUUUAAACCCUUAUGCAAUAUCAAGAAAUUAUUUCACUUAAUCUUCUGAUCUUUAUUUUCUUGAGUUAAUAUCUUUAUGAUUAUGUUAUGGAAGUGGUUCAUGUUGUAGCAACACUGAAUCAAAAUGCCUUUGGCCUAGCGGGAGUGCCAAAGGUUACAGGUUCUAGUCUUGUGCACGGAAGGUGUAGAUUUACGAUAUUGAAAUGUAUUGACCGGAUCAUCAUAAGUGACUUUUCGUUGCAAGCUAACUAUUAUUUUGCAAAAAUACUAUAAGCAACAUCACGGUGUUGCAAUAACGAACUGCUUUCAAAAAGCUAGAUGAAUGUAAAAAACAAAGCACUCAUGUACUUCCUAUUGCUUAAUAUCGUUGUACAUGAUGCAACUUUUGGAAGGGCUAAAUACAAAAAGUAGCAAUGUACUUUCAGUUAUGUCACAUUUUAUCCAAAUACUUUUGCAUUUCAUAUUUGAUCUUCAAUGUUUUCUUUGAGUGAUCGCCCAUCAGUGAUGUAUCCUAUGGUGAUUAUUAUGUAUAAGAUUUUCAAGUGUGAGUAUCUUUGAAUGUCAAAAGGCUUUAAUCUGUAUAUCUUGGCAAUU